CUCGCCUACCCGUAGCAGAGUUCGCCAAAUUCUUGAUACACGCUUUUCCCAUAAGGCUUGCCACCGGCCCAGAAAAGCCAGUGCUGCGACCAACAAGGUUCUCGUCUAGCGCUGCCUUGGAACGAACAAACACUCCUCGACCCUCCCGCCGGUGCCCACACCUCUUGAACCUCAGCGCCUGCCUGUUCUUGGUCGUUUUCUCCAAACAAGCCCGUAAACCCGCAACUACCUAAACCGGGCCAAAGUACAACUCUAAAACUAAAACUACGCUCUCCACGACACCACAUGUUGGGCAUCAGGUAGACCGGACCUCACCUACUCAACCCCACCUCCCCACCUCCCCCCACCCCUCCCCUCGGCACCAACACAAUGGCCGACUACGGCGACAUUUCCGAACCGGUCACGCCGGACGAGUAUGGCCCGAGCAACCCGGCAUCACCAGGCUUCGCCGACGAUGAUUCUGAGGCGAGCACACCUCUUGACCCCCCAAGUUCGAGCUCCGAUGGCCAACCGAGCUUCUCCCCGAGCGAUCCGCCUCGCCGGGUACCUUCUCUACGGACGGUUUCUGAUCCGCAAAAUCCCACCCACAUGAACCCGACCUCGAGCGUCACCGGGCUACUAAAUACGGCGAGGAGACCGACACCGAGCGCAAAUAGUCUGCCGUCCGAUAUCAUGCAAAAAGCACGAGCGCUCCAAGAGCAGCGCAUGAACAUGGCCGCCAGGGCAGCCAGCUCGGCCGCGAGCUUAAACAUGAACAUGAACAUGAACAAGGGAGGGCCCGGAGGCGGCGGCGGGCAGCCGGGUGGCAUGGCGGGUGGCAUGACGGGUGGCAUGGCGGGUGGCAUGGCGGGUGGCAUGGCGGGUGGCAUGGCGGGUGGCAUGGCGGGUGGCAUGGCGGGUGGCAUGCCGCCCAACCUCAAGUUGCCAGGAGGCAUGUCCCGGCCCAUGCCUCCGGGGUUUGCGAAGUCGGCACCCGCAGUACCGGCUGCAAAAAAGCCACCGAGCCUGAGCGAAAGAAGGGCUAUGAAACUGGGGAAUCUACCAGGCCCCAGCGGUCCAUCGCCUGGGCCUGCGCCGAAAUUGGGCGAUCUCGGCAACGACGAGGGUAGCCAGCCGUCGGUGAACGGGGAGGGGCGGGGUUCUAAGCUGAGCGAUUUCAAGAACUACAUUGACGCGGAUAAAGGCUGGAUCACGUUCGAUGGCGCGGCGACAAUCACACGGACAGGCGUCAACUUUGCUAACGGCCAGACUUUCUCCAUCUCGCUCGACGAGAUCGAUGUCAUGGACGAGCUGGGCAAGGGUAACUACGGAACCGUAUACAAGGUCAGGCAUGCCAGGCCAAAAGCACCGCGGUUUGGUCAGGGGUUGAGCAAAUUUAAGCCGGCGCUCCCCUUGCAAUCAUCAAGCGAGACGGACGAGUCUUCGGAUACAUCACCCGGGAGCGGGAGCAGCGGGCCCACGACGUCGGGAGUGGUCAUGGCCAUGAAGGAAAUCCGACUCGAGCUGGACCAGGCCAAAUUCACCACUAUCCUCAAAGAGCUCGUCAUCCUGCACGAGUGCGUUUCGCCCUACAUCAUCGACUUCUACGGGGCCUUCUACCAAGAAGGUGCGGUCUACAUGUGCAUUGAGUAUAUGGACGGCGGGAGCAUCGACAAGCUGUACGUGGGCGGCAUCCCCGAAAAUGUGCUCCGCAAGAUCACGUUCGCCACGAUCGUCGGCCUUAAGACGCUCAAGGACGACCACAACAUCAUCCACCGCGACGUCAAGCCCACCAACAUUCUCGUGAACAGCAACGGGCAGGUCAAGAUCUGCGACUUCGGCGUGUCGGGCAACCUGGUGGCUAGUAUAGCCAAGACCAAUAUCGGUUGUCAGAGCUACAUGGCGCCCGAGCGCAUUAGCGGCGGUGCGCUGGCCGCCGGCGCCGCUGGUGCCGCAGCCGGGACGUACAACGUGCAGAGCGACAUCUGGAGUAUGGGGCUGACCAUCAUCGAGUGCGCCAUGGGGAAAUACCCCUACCCGCCAGAAGUAUCGAGCACCAUUUUCAGCCAACUGAGCGCCAUCGUAGAAGGCGACCCGCCCGACCUCCCAUCCGAAGGCUACUCGGCACUCGCACAAGACUUCGUGCGGUGCUGCCUCAACAAGAACCCGCACAAACGCCAUACCUACCCGAUGCUGCUGGCGCACCCGUGGAUCAAGACGCUGGGCAAACCCGAGACGAUCGCCGAGGACGCCGAGGCCGAAGCCGCGGCGGCCGACGACGCGCUGGCCGACGCCGCCGGCGAGCUCAGCCUCAACAACCCCACGGGCCAGGUCGCCGAGGGCGACUACGAGGUCGCCGAGUGGGUCCGCUCCGUCCUCGACCGCAAGCGCCGCGGGCUGCUGCGCGCCGCCGCCGAGAAGCCCGCCCUCCACGCCGCCCCGCUCGACACCAUCAGCCCUGUGGGUAGUCCGCUCGUGGGGCCCUGAUCGAUCGAUUGGCCUUUUUCCGUGGUCUUGCUCUCUCUCUCUCUCUCUCUCUCGCACUCCCUCUCGCUCGCUCUGUCUCUAUCUAUCACCGGGAGGUUUGAA